GGCACGGAUGUGGCGGAUUACGCAGAUGUGUUCAACCUGUACCAUCAAACAAGUCUUCAACUACACCCUGAGUUCUGGGAAUAGCGGCAACAAUUUGUGCGAUGAAUCUCAUACACUUUGGAUCGCGUUCUUUAAGCAGCUUCUUAUAAAGACGGACUGCUUUAUAUCGUAGUUAUAUUUUAUCUCAGUUUCAUCCCUCGCUUCGCCACUUCCAUUAGCAUUUCAUGGAAUUCAAAGUUGAAACCCUAGGGGAGAAUUAUGGUGCCGCGGGUGAAACUGCUUGUUGUUGUUGCAAGUCUUGUCAAUCUUGGAUUUUCUGGAGCACCAACAGCACCACCAAAGAGAGCUAUAGUUAAAAACAACUCAGGUGUGACACCGGCAGGGUUGUGUGGUGCUUGGGACAAAGAAUCUGAUGGAGGGCUUUUCACAUCUCCUAACUAUCCUGAAAAAUAUCCUCCUGACCAAGAAUGCAUAUACAUAAUUGAAGCUUCUCCAAGGCAAUGCAUUGACCUGUAUUUUGAUGAAAAGUAUGCUAUUGAGCCAUCGUGGGAGUGUAAGUUUGACCACAUUGAAGUCAGGGAUGGCCCCUUCAGCUUUUCUCCUAUUAUUGGCCGCUACUGUGGACAAGAGAGCCCGACCUAUGUUAAGUCCAGCGGACGAUACCUUUGGAUAAAAUUUGUGGCAGAUGGUGAACUAGAAGCUAUUGGAUUUUCAGCUCGGUACAAUUUCACCCAAGUUUGUGAAUUUGAGAUGAGUGGGCCAGAGGGGAUUGUGGAGUCAAUAAUGGUUAUGAAAGAGGGCAAAGCGUUGCAGACAGAGGCUGUAGACUGCAGGUGGUUCAUAAGAGCUCCUCCUGGCUCGAAGAUCUAUUUGCGUUUCCUGGAUUAUGAGAUGCAGAACUCAAAUGAGUGCAAGCGUAACUUUGUGGCAGUGUAUGAUGGGAGCAGCUCAGUGGAACACCUAAAGAAUAAAUUCUGCAGCACGGUGGCCAAUGACGUGAUGCUGCUGACUUCAUUAGGUGUGAUUCGCAUGUGGGCCGAUGAGACCAGCCGCAGGAGCCGAUUCCGUAUCCUCUUCACCACCUUCCACGAGCCUCCAUGUGAAGGAGACUCUUUCUUCUGCCAUAGCAACAUGUGUAUUAACCACACAUUGGUGUGCAAUGGUAUCCAAAACUGUGUCUAUCCUUGGGAUGAGAAUGGUUGCAAAGCAAGGAUACAUUUGAUCAAGAUAAAGAUUUAUAAAGACACAAAAGAUUUCUAUUUUGAACGUAUCAUGGAUUCUAUAAAAAACAUUAAGCAGCACAACUGCUUUCAACAUUGA